UUCUCCCCAGACCCCGGGGGUAUGCGGGUCACGGCGUCCCAAACUCUCCUCCUGCUGCUCUCGGGGGCCCUGGCCCUGAAGGCGGGCUUCCACUCCCUGAGGUAUUUCCACACCGCCGUGUCCCGGCCCGGCCGCGGGGAGCCCCUGCACAUCGCCGUCGGCUACGUGGACGACACGCAGUUCGUGCGGUUCGACAGCGACGCCGCGAGUCCGAGGGAGGAGCCGCGGGCGCCGUGGAUGGAGCAGGAGGGGCCGGAGUAUUGGGAGCGGAACACGCAGAUCUACAAGGACACCGCACAGACUUUCCGAGUGGACCUGAACACCCUGCGCGGCUUCUACAACCAGAGCGAGGCCGGGUCUCACACCCUCCAGUGGAUGUACGGCUGCGACGUGGGGUCGGGCGGGCGCCUCCUCCGCGGAUACAGUCAGGAAGCCUACGAUGGCAAAGAUUACAUCUCCCUGAACGAGGACCUGCGCUCCUGGACCGCGGCGGACGCAGCGGCUCAGAUCACCCUGCGCAAGUGGGAGGCUGACGGUGUGGCGGAGGACUACAGGAACUAUCUGGAGGGCACCUGCGUGGAGUCGCUCCUCAGCUACGUGGAGAAAGGGAAGGAGAUCCUGCAGCGCACGGACGCCCCAGAGACAUAUGUGACCAACCACCCCAUCUCUGACCUUGAGGUCACCCUGAGGUGCUGGGCUUUGGGUUUCUACCCUGCGGAGAUCACUCUGACCUGGCAGCGGGACGGGGAGGACCUGACCCAGGACACCGAGUUUGUGGAGACCAGGCCUGCAGGGGACGGGACCUUCCAGAAGUGGGCGGCUGUGGUGGUGCCUUCUGGAGAGGAGCAGAGAUACACCUGCCAUGUGCAGCAUGAGGGGCUGCCUGAGCCCCUCACACUGAGAUGGGGGCCACCUCUUCAGUCCACCAUCCCCAUUGUAGUCAUCAUUGCUGGCGUGGAUCUCUAUGUGGUCACUGAAGCUGUGGUGGUUGGAGCUGUGAUCUGGAGGAAGAAGCACUCAGGUGAAAAAGGAGGGAGCUACACUCACGCUGCAAGCAACAACAGUGCACUGGGUUCUGAUGUGUCUCUCACAGCAGCCUGAGACAGCUGCCUUGUGGGGGACUGAGUGAUGCAAGAUUUGUUCACGUCCCACCGCCCAUUGUGACUUCAACAACCUCUGACUUUUCUUUCUGCACACAGAAACCCCCUCUGCACCCCACAACCCCCUCCCCACACUGACCUGUGUUCUCCUCCCCCAUUGACUUUCUUUUUCCAGCAGAGGCGGGGCUGGGCCGUCUCCGUCCCCUCUGAACUUUGUGUUGCACUGAGCUGCACCUUCUUACUUCCUUAUUGAAAAUAAGAAUCUGGAUAGAAGGGUUUUUUUUUUCUUAAAAUUCUUUCCAUGAGAGAUUGAUGGGUUAAUUAAAGGAGAAGGUUCCUAAAAUUUGAGAGAUGAAAUAAAUGUAAGCACUGAGAACUUCCAGACACUGA